AUGUCCUCAGAGCCGGCGCCAGAAGCUCCUGUCCAAACCACUUCCGAGAAUGCCCCUCGACCCUCAGUGACAGCCAUCUCGACGCCAGAGCUCGAGCUAUCUAAGCUUCAAGCCUUACCCGCAGAGCAACAGGACCUUUUCCUCCUGACCUUCGUUUCGACCCUGACGAAGCAUGUGCUCUCCCUAUCCGCCGACGACUGCACUGCGCAGCAGUUCUACCUCAAAAAGGAGAUCUUCCAGAUCCUAAAUCUCCCCACGCCACCGCCAACCCGUGUCAUACGGAAUAGCCUGGGGAAAUGCCUGGCCCAUAUAUUCGAGAAAGGAGACCGGAAGCUCCUGGUCGAAACGAUUAACGAUCUAGUAGCCAUAAUAACGAGCGGAAAAUCUAAGGGCGAGGGAGAGGUGCGCGCCAAACAUGCUGCCGUUUCUUGUCUCGGGGACGUCUUCGCGGCGGCCGGCGACAGCACCACCCACUACCACCAGCUGGCUUGUACGGCACUGCUGAAGCUCCUGAAGAGCUCGACGAAUCAUGCCGGCCUCCGCGCAGCGUGUUUCACGGCGCUUGGGAAGAUCGCAAAGAUGGUUGCCGGCAUGAUGGACGAGUCCAUCGCAAGAGACAUAUGGAAGCAGGGCCGAAACCACGCCUCUACGGAUAAGGGAGCCCUGGUCGGCGCAGCGGCUUGCCGAUGUCUUCGGUCUUUGAUGCGGAACACAAACUAUUUCAAGAACACGAGUGAUUUCGACAAGGUUCAGACGGCUAUGUUCAAGACCUUUGAGCAUACAUCGUCGACCACCCGACGAGCGGCUGCUGAGUGUCUUGCCGAAGCCUUUGUCAGAGGCUACUCUGAGUCUUCUGCUGGAGAAACGUUUCAGGAAAUCUCGGUCAAGAAACCAAAGUCCAAGGCAGCGAAACGCCAGUCAAUGGGACCAGGCGCACUGCAGGAUGAAGAUGACAUACCGUCGAGGCCUGGAAGCCCCGCGCCCACCAAAAGAAACCCAAAUCUGGCACUGUCGCCCGGAGACAUGUUGAAAUCGCUAUCUACCCAGUACGGGCGCAUGGCGACGUCCAACAAGGCCAGGGCCGCCAUCGGGAUAUGCUAUGCCACGCUGCUACAGCGACUUGGGGAGAAGGCUGUGGAACUUAACUACCUCAGGAUUGUCGAAAACCUGACCCUGGACUUGCUCGGCAAUCCCAACAUCACAAAUAACCGUUACCGUCUUCUCAUCUCUCGUCGCGUUGUCGACCAUUUGCUACAAGACGUCGUAGGCAAGAAGAUACUUGGCGAGACUGGGCAGUCACAUGCUGCCAAAGUCUUGAUCAACGAAAUCCUCAAGAAUUACCCGCAAGCAUUGAAGGAGCGGCCGGAGCCAACUAAGAACAUGCUGAUCGCCGCGAUGGGAGCGCUUGGCUCUCUAAUGAUCUCGCUUGGCUCAGCGUCAAACACAUUUGCCGAAUCUGCCAGGGAUGCAUUGUUGCAAGUCCUCCAGCACCCGAGCUACACAGUUCAGGUUUACACUUCGGCAUGCCUCAAGACAUUUGUCCUCGCGUGUCCGCAGCAGUUGCUCCCCUGCCUUUCAGUAUGUAUGAACAGCUUGAGCAGGGAACUCGGAGUGCUGGGAACCGGGCGGAAUUCUCAACGUAAAUGCACUGGCUUCUCCCAUGGCCUAGCUGCCACGCUCAGCGCAAGUCCAUCCAGGCCGCUGUACGGCUCUGUCGAUAUCAACAGCCGUGUUCUGACGAUGGCGACCAAUUUGCUGAAAACCAGUGGGAAGCAAGAACUUCGUGUUGCCAGUACGCAGAUCCAAGUUGCUUGGACACUGAUCGGAGGUCUCAUGUCAUUGGGGCCCAACUUUGUCAAGAUUCAUCUGUCUCAGCUGCUCCUGCUCUGGAAGAAUGCGCUGCCAAAGCCACUUGCGAAGGACAAUACGUCGGCACGAAACUAUCUAGAGGCAUCCUUCCUUGCACACGUUCGAGAGUGUGCUCUGGGAUCCAUACUGGCAUUUCUGGAGUACAACAGUCGACUGUUGACGGUCGACGUGUCUAAAAGGAUUGCGACCAUGCUGCAAAGCACGACCGCCUUUUUGAAGACUUUGCCCAAGAAGAAGACAUCAGAUGACAUUUCGGAGAGACUGGCCCCGGCCCUGCAGCUUCUUGACAUCGAGAUGAUGGUGCAGAGACGUGUCAUGCAAUGCUACAUAAAACUUGUGAAUACGAGCCCAGCUGGAGGCAGUGAGGCUCUCUUGCAGUCGAAUCUCCUCACGUUGGCAAUUUCGCUAUUUGCCGACCCGGAAAAUUACUCUCCCAGCUCAUUGAGUGCGGCUAUUGCGAGCUCCGCCGGCACAUUCGAGACUAUCUGGGAUGUCGGUGACAACUCUGGAUAUGGUGUCACCGGACUCGUCACUGGAUUCAGUGUCAAGAGGCUGCCCGGACAGCACGAAAGCGCAGUGGAGCAAUCCCUUACAGAAGACAACAGCCCUGAAGACGCAAUGGAGAAUUUAUUGCUGUCCCCUGUAUGUGGCGCACUGGAGCAUGACGCAUCUACCCUUUACAUUGGCGGACAGGAAGCGUUCAACUGUUUGACCAAUCCCCCGGCUACCGAGGUCGUGAACAUGGCUAUCCAGUUGUUUGCGUUCGCAUUCCCGCUUACGCCAGCCAAAGUCCAGGAGAGUAUUCUGGAACAAAUUGCCUCGUUCAUGGCAGCAGGCUCAGGCGAGCGUGACGCCGCGCGGAAAGCGGCCAUCAAAGUCAAUGUGGCGACUGCAUUUCUGUCGACGCUGAAGGUCGCCGUCAAGGAGACGAAAUCGCCUCCAGGAGAUGUAACCAAUCUGCAAGUCGAGAAGCUGCUUCAAGACAUGAUCAGGGGUUUCGUGCUCGACCAAGAUCAGUAUGUGAGAAGCUUAGGCUACGCAGCUGUUGCCCGCCUAUGCAACGCUUGCGGCAAUGCUUUCACAAACUCAGAGAUCAAGUUCCUCGUUGAUACAAUCGUGGUCAACCGAGAGCCUAGUGCCAGAGCAGGAUGUGCUAUGGCACUAGGUUGCAUUCAAGCCAAAGUUGGCGGCAUGGCUGCUGGGUAUCACCUCAAGACUAUCCUUGGUAUACUCAUGUCACUCUGUAACGAUCCGCAUCCGACAGUGCAUUUCUGGGCUCUGGAAGCCCUGGCACGUGCUGCCGAUGCAGCUGGCUUGGGUUUCUCUCCAUACGUCUCAAGCGCGCUUGGAAUGCUUGCUCAGCUCUACGUAUCUGACACGCACAACCCAGAGGUCGCAUCUGCGAUCUCCAUGAACCUGGAAUUGGAGCUGUCCACUACGGCAUCUAUUACACGAUGUGUUGACUCCCUGAUUAACGUGCUUGGCCCGGACUUGCAGGAUAUCAGCAAGUCCAGGGAGCUUAUACUCACCUUGGUCGGAUAUCUUCAAGAGGAAGAAGACACCCAAGUUCAAACUGCAAGUCUUGGGUGUCUGGAACACCUAUCUCUCUAUGCGCCAGGGUAUAUGUACUUCGCCGAUUACGUGAAGUUGCUCCAGAAGUACCUGAACACGGGUCAUUCUGCACUACGAGACGUCGCGAUUGACGGUAUUUACAACAUCAUGAAGCGCGACCCACACGAUGUCAUACGAGCUGCAGAACCAGGUUUGGAGGACCACCUGUGGCUCGCACUCGACGCAAACCCAGACCACGAUGGAAUUCGAAAUAUCAUCCAGAACUGGAUGCGCCAGACCUGCUUGACAGACACAGCGGAUUGGCUUCAGAGGUUUCAAGGCGUGUUGAAGCUCACAAGACCCAAGGCCGCCGCCGAUAUCCAGGGUUUGACCAGGAAGGCUACUGCAGCCCUUGACAUACAGGAUGAAGAAGUGGCUGGGUUCGCGGCUGCGGGCGGCGUAGCGAAGGAUGACAAAGAGGGUGGUUCGGGAUCCGAUGUGGAACCACUGAGGUGGCAAGUCAUUGCGUUUGCGAUGACUCUCCUCAACGAUGUCUUCAUUCUCAUCAACAAGGAUGUCAUGACGAAUGGAGAGUCAGCAGCCCAGCUGGCGCUGCAGUCCAGGAUCGCAGAUGUUGUUCGCAUGGCAUUCUCUGCCUCUACUUCUGGUGUCCUCGAGCAGCGCAUUUGGGGCCUCAAGAUCAUCGGUGCAGUGCUAAAGAUGUUUGGAAAGACCCCUGAUCCGGACUUUGACGAGGCAAUGCUUUUGGAGCAGUACCAAGCUCAGAUUAGCUCUGCACUGACGCCCGCAUUCGCUGCUGAUUCGUCGCCCGAACUGGCGUCAGAGGCUGUCAAUGUGUGUGCAGCUUUUAUUGCCACUGGCAUUGUCAAGGACGUCGAUCGCAUGGGUAGGAUCCUAAAGACUCUUGUGAGCGCUCUCGAGAACUUUGCCACCGAAAAUGACAACGCCGGUAUAGGCGAGCUGAAGGGACUGAGCUCCAACGCCCAGGUCAUGGUCAAGAUGGCUGUCUUUUCGGCUUGGGCAGAAUUGCAAGUUGCAAGUACAGAGCAACCCUACUUGCUUGAAGUGUUGAAAGCGCACAUUGGCAUGUUGACUCCACUGUGGCUGGAGUCGCUCAGGGAAUUCGCUCGACUCAGGUUCGAGCCGGACAUUUCGAUGACACUGGGCCCACCAUCGUUGUCCGGUAGUCUGGACACUAUCUACGCGGCUCUCAACCGAGAAACGCUACUUAAGUUUUAUCAGGACUCGUGGUUGAAGCUUGUGGAUGCCAUCGCAAGUCUGAUCGGACAGGACAGCGAAUUCGUGUUCGAUGCGCUCGAUGGCAAGACGACUGCAGACGCUGCGACUAAUGGCCAUUCCAGGGGGUCAGAUAUCAACUACCGCGACGAGCCAUUGGCAUUCUUCUUCGUGCUUUUUGGUAUCGCGUUCGAGGCUCUUGCUGCUAAACCGGGCCAAGCAGACUCGCUUGCUCGUCAGGAGCAAACACUCGAGAUCCUGCAAGCUCUUAAGAAGAUCCUGCAUCCGAGUGUCUCCGGUCAUGCAAUCUACAGAGAGGCCAUCUUCUCGGAGACUAUGGAUCUCCUGGAUCGGCUUGUGUUGACUGAUGGCUUGGACGUGCAAGGCGUCAUUGUGGAGAUUGCCAGAGCGCUCUGUGUCGCGCAUCCUGCGGCCAGGAAAUCGGCGGAGGAAGACAAUGGCGAGCUUUCCGAGGAUAUCGAGCAGCUCUUUGAGUUGACACGUAUUAUCGUGCUGGUGCUGGCCGGGCUUUUGCCCAAUCUGACAGAAGCGAACCAACCGGUCCGCCAUGUCCUGACCGAAGAGGCUAUUCUGCUCAUCCGUACUUCCUUGAACGCCCUGGUCGAUGCUGCUGAGGUCUUCCCAGCUGUCAUCAAGACGGACUUGCAUGCUUGCCUGAUCCACAUUUUCGCCACAAUUUUAUCGACACCCUCGUGCCAGGAAAUUAUUGUACCGCAAUCUCUGCCAACACUGAAACGCUUCCUCGCAACUAUGGCUGGCCCGCGGGAGGGAAACAGUGGCCCUACAGAUGUCCAGCUUCAGGGCUGUUUGCGACGAUUCUUGUCAAUUUACCUCCACUCGCAGAGACGGGAAAGGCCGACAGACCUCAGCAAUGUCAAGAACAGCCUUCUGGCUAUCACCAUCCUGUUCACAGGCGGGCAGAAUCACCUCUCCGCCAACGACCCCAUCGUGGCCAAGUUCCUGGAGGAGUUGGUGGAUUGUCUCACGGAUCGCAUGACUGCGAAGAUUGCGACGAACUGCGUUCGGUCGCUGCUCCUCCAAAGCAAGCCAACCGUGGCCGAUGAAACCAUCUCCCGGUUCCUCCUACCGCGCCUGAUCGCCUUCGUGACGACCACAGACCGCGAGGACCCGGAGCAUGCGCGCUCUCUGGUUGCACACACGCUCUCGCAGUACGUCGGCGUCGUGUCCAAAGAUCACAUAGCCAUCGCCAUGUCGCUGGUGCUCCCCACGCUGCUGUCGCGCGCCGCGAGCGAGGGCCCAGAGGACAAGAACAUCUACCGCGAGACGAGCGCGCGGCUGCUGGAGCUGGCGUCGGUCGAGCAGGCCAGCUUCAGGGGCAUCGUGGCGGGCAUGAGCGACGGCCAGAAGGCGUUCAUGGAGGAGGUAAUCAAGAGCGGGAGGACGAAUGAGAACGUCGAAAAGGAAACCGACUCGGGCUCUGGGCAGCCUACCAUCGCGCUCAAGAUGAACUUUGGUGGCAAUUGA